AUGAACGAAAAUGACGAAGCAAGAAACCAAAGAAUUGCUUCCGAGUUGAAUAUGAAAGCCUUGCAUCGGCUGGUUUACAAAUACAACAGCAAUUAUAGUAUGAAUAGAAAACAGCAGAGUAACGAUGAUGAUCAUCAUCAAUUAUCUACAUCUACUGAAGAACAAAAUUUUCAUCAUCGGAAGGAGGAAACAAAAGAUGAUCAUCCUCAACAAGAAACGGAUAUUCAUGGUUCACUUCCAACAAUAACAACAACUUCUCAACCAUCCAUGAAUAUUCAUCACUCAACAGCCUCCUCAUCACCAGAAGAAGAAACAACAACAAACCACACCUCCAUACCAUCAUCAUCAUCCACACUUUUCCAUUCAGUCCAUUGGUUGUGCCAAGUUCUCUCCGAGCAAGUUUUCACCCAGCGUGUCAUGAAAGUAUUGAAAUCACUUUCCAUAGGUUCCGUGUUGGGAUUUGUUGUUUUAAACAUGUUGGAAUGGUGUUUCUCUUACCGCAGCAAUCGUGUUCAUCAUCAUUCUUUGAAUACUUCUCGGAGAGGUAUUAAUAUUCAAUCAUCCUCUCCCUUCCAACAACUUGAACAAUUACGAGAGCAUUCAUUGUACAAGUCGCCACAAUCGUCGUUGCAUCAUAGUGAUCCAAUGCCUCGUUCUCAAAAGGGUCGCUUUUAUUUACAUGAAUUGUCAACAUCUAUGGAUGAUGAGCAGCCUUUAUCAUCCUCUCGUGAUAGUGUGGUUGGUAACUUGACAUCUCCCAACUCAGAAGGUCCUCUCUUUGUACCAUUGGCUCGUAUUGAAAAAUUCCAACAGUUACAACGAGAACACAAGAUGGCACCUGACACUCGUCGGCAACAACAAGUGGAAUUGGAUCAAGAUUUACAGAAUAAUGCGCUGUAUGGCCAAAUGGUUCAAUUGGAAAGCUAUAGAAAGAGUACCAUCUUUGGUGAGUGA